GGGGAGUCUCGGGGCUGGUGUUCGCUGGGAUCCCGGCGACUGCGCUCUCGGCUCAGGAUCGACGGCAAUUCGGCCGCAGUAGCUCGGACACGCCAGGCCGGGCGAGGCGCCGUAGGUGUUUUGAUGCAAGGGAAACGAUGGUACAGAAAUAUCAGUCACCCGUCAGGGUUUACAAACAUCCUUUUGAACUUGUUAUGACAGCUUAUGAAAGACGAUUCCCAACAUGUCCUCUAAUUCCAAUGUUUGUUGGAAGUGACAUAACCAGUGAGUACAAGAAUGAGGAUGAGGGUGUUCAUAUUUUAGAAAGACGAUGUAAAUUGGAUGUGGAUGCACCAAGACUACUAAAAAAGAUUGCAGGUGUUGAUUACAUCUACUUUAUUCAGAAGAAUUCCUUGAACUGGCGGGAGAGAACAUUAAAAAUAGAAGCCCACAAUGAAACCUUUGCCAACCGAGUUGUCAUCAAUGAAUUCUGCUGCUAUACUGUUCACCAAGAAAAUGAGGAUUGGACUUGCUUUGAGCAGUCAGCAAGUCUUGAUAUCAAAUCUUUUUUUGGGUUUGAAAGUACUGUUGAAAAGAUAGCAAUGAAACAAUAUGCCAGCAGUAUAAAAAAGGGGAAAGAAAUAAUUGAAUAUUACCUGAAGCAACUGGAAGAAGAAGGAAUUAUCCAUGUACCACGUUGGUCACCAAUGGUCAAAGUUAACACAGAAAAGUCAGUUCCUGCCCAGAAGCUGACAUCCUCUCCAGCUGUAGCCAUACCUGGUCGAGGUGAUGCAGUUAGAAAGGAAGAACAUGUUAAUAAGGACUUGAUUGCUGGUUCCAAUAAUUCACCUGACUCUCUCUCAGGAACUCCAGAUGAUAAAUUGGAUGCUGAUUAUAUCCAGCGUUAUCUAGGUGAUUUGACACCACUACAAGAGAGCUGUCUUAUUAGGCUUCGAACUUGGCUUCAAGAAACGCAUAAGGGCAAGAUUCCUAAGGAUGAGCAUAUUCUGCGGUUCUUGAGAGCACGCGAUUUCAAUAUUGAUAAAGCAAGAGAGCUUCUGUGCCAGUCUUUGACAUGGCGUAAACAGCACAAAGUGGACUAUCUCUUGGAGACUUGGACACCACCUCAAGUGUUGCCUGAUUAUUACACAGGAGGCUGGCAUCACCAUGACAGAGAUGGGAGACCCCUGUAUAUUUUGCGACUUGGACAAAUGGAUACCAAAGGUCUUGUCAGAGCACUCGGAGAGGAGGCACUGCUGCGGCAUGUUCUGUCUAUUAAUGAAGAAGGAUUAAGGCGAUGUGAAGAAAACACCAAUGUGUUUGGAAGGCCUAUCAGCUCAUGGACAUGCUUGGUGGACUUAGAAGGUUUGAAUAUGAGACAUCUUUGGCGACCUGGUGUUAAAGCACUGCUAAGAAUCAUUGAAGUUGUUGAAGCUAACUAUCCAGAAACACUUGGUCGAUUGUUAAUCCUCAGGGCGCCCAGAGUUUUUCCAGUACUUUGGACAUUGGUCAGUCCUUUCAUUGAUGACAAUACAAGAAAGAAAUUUCUUAUCUAUGCAGGGAAUGACUACCAAGGGCCUGGAGGGCUACUUGAUUACAUAGACAAAGAAAUAAUCCCUGAUUUUCUUGGAGGCGAAUGUGUGUGUGAGGUUCCAGAAGGAGGUUUAAUUCCCAAAUCUAUGUAUAGAACACCAGAAGAGCUCGACAACGAUGACAUCAGGCUUUUGACUGAAACUAUUUAUCAGUCAGCAAGUAUUUUCAAAGGAUCACCUCAUGAGAUAUCAGUUGAAAUAGUGGACGCAUCUUCUGUGAUAACCUGGGAUUUUGAUGUGUUAAAAGGAGAUAUUGCCUUCAACAUCUAUCAUUCAAAGCGAGCACCCCAGCUACCCAAAAAGGAUACACUUGGGGCCCAUGGUAUAACAUGCCCUGGAGGAAAUAAUGUACAACUUAUCGAUAAGUCAUGGCAACUGGGAAUGGAUUAUAGUAUGGUGGAGUCAGCACUGAUCUGUAAAGAAGGAGAGAGUGUACAGGGUUCACAUGUAACAAGAUGGCCUGGUUUUUAUAUACUUCAGUGGAAGUUUCACAACAUGCCUUCUUGUGCUACAACUAACCUACCUCGUGUAGAUGAUGUACUGGCAACGUUACAGGUUUCAUCCCAUAAGUGUAAAGUUAUGUAUUACACUGAAGUUAUAGGAUCAGAUGAUUUCAGGGGAUCCAUGACAAGUCUUGAAUCUAGUCACAGUGGCUUCUCACAGCUCAGUGCUGCUACAACAUCAUCCAGCCAGUCACAUUCCAGCUCUAUGAUCUCCAGCAGCAGACGGUAGAAGGUCUUUGCAGAGAGUCAACCCCUGUAACGCUGCCAGGCCAGGCAAUAUCCCAGGCUGAGUACUUGGAGUGUGCACCCCAGCUCACUGUCUUCGGAGAUAUCUUCAAUACUUCACUCAUCCAGGCUGCUAUCCCCACAUGUUUCAAACCAGCCACCUUCAUCACUGUACCAAAGAACUCUCGAAUCUUCAGAGCAAAAUGACUGACACCAAUCAAGAUGAAGUGCUUUGAAUGGCUGGUAAUGGCACACAUCAAAACUUCCAUUCCUGCCACAUUGGACACUCACUGAUAUGCUUAUGGACAAAACUGCUGAAACAACCUACAGAGAAGAGAUGGAAGAGCUCAAGGCCUGGUGCCAGGCAAAUAACCUGUUCCUCAAAGUCAACAAGUCAAGGGAGAUGGUUAUUGACUUCAGGAGAUCCUGUACCGCUCACACCCCUCUACAUUAACGGCAUAGAAGUGGAAACGGUGGUUUCAAUCUCCUGGGAGCACACAUCUUGCACAGCCUCUCAUGGUCCCAGAACACAUCCUGCACAAUCAGGAAAGCUCACGUAUGCCUCUGAUUUCUAAGGAUGCUGAAGAGAGCUGGAUUAUGCAUAUCGAUACUCAUGACCUACAGAUGCACAGUACAGAGUAUUCUAACAUGCUGCAUCAUUGCCUGGUACAGAAACUGCACUGUUAUAGGCACGAACGCUAUACAACGGGUUGUCAAAACUGCCCAACACAUCAACUGGCCCAGCUUAUCCACCAGCAAGGACAUAUCUACAGAAAGGUGCCAGGAAAAGGCCAACCGUAUUAUGAAGGAUCCCAUCCAUCCUGCACAUGCACGAGGAAAUCUGCAGAUGCUGGAAAUUCAAACACCAACACACAUAAAAUGCUGGUGGAACACAGCAGGUCAGGCAGCAUCAAUAGGGAGAAGUGCUGUCGACGUUUCGGGGAAGGGUCUCGGCCCGAAACGUCAACAGCGCUUCUCCCUAUAGAUGCUGCCUUGCCAGCUGUGUUCUGCCAGCAUUUUGUGUGUGUUGUCAUCCUGCUCAUGGACUGUUUGUCCCACUUCAUCAGGGAGGAGGCUACAUACUGUAGCAUUCAUGCCAGUACCACCAGACUCAGAGACAGUGACAUUCCUCAAGCAGUGAGACUGUUGAACACUUUCACUCACUAAUCCACCCUACCAUCACUACUUUAUCAUUUCCUGUCACAAGUCAUCUUAUGUACAGAUACUCCUACACCUAGUGUCACUUCAUGGACGUACAAUUUAUGUGAAUAAGCCAUUUUAUGUAUAUAUAUUUGUGGUUUUUAAAAAUUAUGUUCUUUAUCUUACUGUGAUUUUUUUUAUAUUCUGCAUCGAAUACAGAGAAAUGAUUGUUGUUCUCCUUUAUACUUGUGUAUUAGAAAUGGCAUUAAACUAUUUUGAAUGAUUGGUUUAACUAUGUAUGUGAUAAAUAGAAUUACGAUCGUAGAGGUGAGAUGCUGGCGACAAACAAUUUUGAAACGAGGAAAGUGAAUAGUUUGCUUUGUGUUUAGUUAUCUUAGCACCAUUAUCAAUUGUGGAGCAAUGCUAAGUUUUAGUGUUAUAUUUGAUCAACCUUGCAUGGCUGAUUUUCAUUCAAAUGCAAAUUAUUAUGACCCUUCAAUUUGGUCACAUUUGCCUGAGUACAAUAAAUUUACAUCUUAAUCUAUUUAAAGUAUAUUAUCCAUUGCAUCUUCUUAAUUUGAUUGCUAAAAUUACAUUUCGUCAGUGAAAGAUUAAUUUGUUGAAUCAUUAAAUUUAUAAUUAUAUUGCUAUAGACUAAUCUCCUUUAUGUGAAAAUUGCUAUCAAAAUGCAGCAGUGCCUGCACUCAACUCUU